GCCAGCCGCAGUGCUAGUGUAGCAGCGAACUAAGUGCAGUCAAAAUGGUGUACAACUUCAAAGUGUUCAAGAAAUGUGCCCCGAACGGGAAACUUACCCUGUAUAUGGCGAAGAGGGAUUUCGUGGAUCAUAUCUCGUUCGUCGAACCUAUUGACGGUGUAGUGGUACUGGACGAAGAGUACGUCCGCGGACGCAAAGUAUGGGGCCAGGUGGUGUGCACCUUCCGCUACGGACGCGAAGAGGAUGAAGUCAUGGGGCUGAACUUCUACAAGGAGCUGUUCUUGGCCUCGGAACAGCUGUACCCUCCGCCGGAGAAGAGGAACUGGGAACCCACUCGUACGCAGGAGCGGCUUAUAAAGAAGCUCGGUGAGAACGCGUUCGCGUUCCGUCUGACUGUACCAGCGGGCGCGCCUGGUUCCGUGACACUUCAGCCGGCAUUGGAAGACGAGGGGGAGCCUUGCGGCGUGCAUUACUACGUCAAGCUGUUUGUUGGAGAUUCUGAGAUAGAUCGUUCGCAUCGCAGGAGUACGAUCGCCCUCGGCAUUCGGAAGGUCCAAUACGCGCCAAGCAAGCCUGGCCCACAGCCUUGCACCGUCGUCCGCAAGGACUUUGUCCUGUCUCCUGGACAACUAGAGCUGGAGCUGACCCUGGACAAGCAGCUGUACAUGCACGGGGAGAGCAUCGCUGUCAACGUGUGCAUUCGUAACCAUAGCAACAAGGUGGUCAAGCGUAUUAAGGCGGCUGUGCAGCAGGGAGUUGAUGUGGUGUUGUUCCAGAGCGGGCAGUAUCGCAAUAUUGUUGCCAGUGUUGAGACACAGGAUGGAUGCCCACUGCAGCCAGGUUCCAGCUUGCAGCGUGUGCUGCACCUAACUCCAGGCCUGUCGACCAACCGUGACAAGCGCGGCAUCGCCCUCGACGGCCAGCUGAAACGCGGUGACGCCGCGCUUGCGUCUACUACUCUGAUGCUGGACCCAGACCAGCGUGACGCAUUCGGCAUCGUGGUCUCCUACAGCGUCAAGGUCAAGCUGUACCUCGGUGCCCUCGCUGGAGAGCUCGCCGCUGAGCUGCCUUUCAUUAUGAUGCAUCCCAAGGAGGGGCGCGCCAAGAUGAUCCAUGCUGACUCCCAGGCCGACGUGGAGAUGUUCCGGCAGGACACCGUGCAUCAUCAGGAGAGCGUCGAGGUCUACUAGGAUAGGGCCUU